AAAAACAACCAAUUUCGGCCCAAAUGCAAAUACAAAUCGCUCUUGCAGCGGCUGCAGUGCAUUCAAAAUUAUCAGUAAAUUAGCAAUAGUGGCAAAGUUUUGGUUAAACCGUCUCGCCAUUGAAUUGAAAGUGUCAAAGAACCAACAUAAACGGAGCCCGCGCCCCGUGUAUAAAAAUCGAUCACAGACUCUGUUCAACUUAAGGGUGCACGACAACUUGACGGCUUUUAUGUGAUUACUAUGAAAUUGGAUGAAAUUGUUGGAUGGUACCAGAAAAAAAUCGGCACCUAUGACAAGCAAGAAUGGGAGAAAACAGUCGAGCAGCGUAUUUUAGAUGGCUUCAAUAAUGUCAACCUGAAGAACACCAAGCUCAAGACAGAACUGAUUGAUGUGGACCUAGUGCGAGGUUCCACCUUUCCAAAGGCAAAGCCAAAGCAAUCGCUGCUCACUGUCAUUCGCUUGGCCAUUUUGCGUUACCUGCUGCUCCCGCUGUAUGCACAAUGGUGGGUCAGGCAGACCACGCCCAAUGCCUUUGGCUUCAUUCUGGUGCUGUACCUCACCCAACUGAUGAACUGGGCCAUAUACAUCCUGCAUAGCAAUCGCAUUGUGCCACUGACCAGCGACCUGCAGAGUAAUGCCACUCUGUAUGGCGAACCAGAUACCGAUAAGCAGCAGGCGGAGGAGCAUGACGACAUGCUCAGCGCCCUGCUCAUACCCUGCGCCCUCAGUCUGAUGAUUAGCCUGAUACACUCGCAGAUCGUGGCCACCAACAACGCGGCAACUGGUGGCGGUAAUGGGACCGCUAAAAACAAACUACGUCGCUUCUCCAUUUCCAACUUUAACGAGAAGUCAACCGCAAGGGAACCGCGUCUGCGGCGCAGGAAGAAGUAUGUGCGUAUACGCCAGCCCGAACCGGAUUUAUCUCAUCCCAGUAGCAACACGUCUCUUCCAACGCGACGCACAACAACCAGUGCCCCAGAAGUGCUCUCAAAACCGCCCACACCAAUCAGCAGCGCUCCUGCACAAGAACCUGAUCUGCCAGCCAACGCCACCGCCAGCCCACCUCCCGUUGACAUCAAGCAAAGCAGCAAAGAGGAGACGUUUCCCAGCACAACUGUCGUUACCACGCAUCGCCAAGCACAGGAGACAGUUGACAGCACUACGCGCACCGAACCUAUAUAUGAUCUGAGAAGGCACGAAGGCGGACCUGUGCCUGAAAGUCCCAAGAAGCGCAACGUCAAUUGGCACACGCCCAUUCAGAUCUAUGCCACCUACGACCAGACAGAGCAGCCCUCAUCGAGCAAGGCCAGCAGAGAGGCUGACAAAGAGAGCGGCGUGGAAACACUGCAGCCCACUCACAAAACACGUCGCAGUCUGGGCGAGGAUGAUGGCUUUGAGAGCUUGAAUGGAAAAAGUUCCAGCGGCGAGGACAAUAACCACUCGCCCUUGCCCAAUGCAGGAGUGCCAGCCGCAGCAGUGGUUCCUGUCCAAGCCAGUCAGUUGCGUCUGCGGCUAAAUGUGGCAAAUAGCAGUGCGAGCAAUGUGCCAGCAGCACCCGAGAAGAAAUCGCAAUCUCGGGGAAACGAGUCCACCAGCAGUGGCGCUGACUCUGAUAAUUGCGAUGAUGCCGAUCUAAUAUCGAGUCCAGCAUCGGCCUGCAACCAAGAGUGCACCACAUCGGCCACAGAUUGGCUGGGAGUGACCACGAAUAGUGAGGAUUGCAGCUAUACCUCAGAUAUGGAUCAUUCGGAUGCUGGAUUCAAGCCAUGCAGCGAUGAGGACCCAGCCGAGCUAGACAUUACACCAACAACCAUUCUGAAUCCCCAUAACAGCAUGGAUCGCAUAAGCUGUACCAUUUGGGAUCAGCGUGAUGCGAAGAAAGCCCAGCUCUCUGUCCUUGAGAUAGCCUCGUGCAUAAUUGAACGCGUGGACUCUAUGGGCGAGACGAAUGACUACAUUUACAUAGGAGUUGUAUUUUCCUUUCUACUUACCAUGAUCCCAACCUUUUGCAGGCUCUGUGUGAUCACUCUUGGGAGCGAUACGGAAAAGGCCAGCGAGAUAAGCUACAUUUACAUACCCCAGUUGCUGUGGGAAAAGUCAUCGUCUUCAUUUUUUACUCUCCUGGGGUUUGCCUUUGGCGAGGCUAAAUGGGAGCGCACGGUGCUGGCCCUGGGCUUCAUCCAGCGGCUCAGCCUGACUCUCAUACUGUUUAUCAUAUUUGCAGUGGCGGAGCGUACUUUCAAGCAGCGUUUUCUGUACGCCAAACUGUUCUCGCACCUAACAUCAUCGCGAAGAGCACGCAAAUCGAAUUUGCCGCACUUUCGCUUGAACAAGGUGCGCAAUAUCAAGACCUGGUUGAGCGUACGAUCCUAUCUAAAGAAACGUGGUCCGCAGCGGUCGGUUGAUAUUAUUGUAUCUGCCGCAUUUAUCGUGACCUUGCUACUGCUCGCCUUUCUCAGUGUUGAGUGGCUGAAGGACUCGGUUCACCUGCACACUCACCUGACGCUGGAGGCCCUGAUUUGGUCGAUUACGAUUGGAAUCUACUUGCUGCGCUUCAUGACACUGGGACAAAAGAUUCAGCACAAGUAUCGCAGCGUGUCGGUGCUGAUAACCGAGCAAAUAAAUUUGUAUCUGCAAAUCGAACAAAAGCCAAAAAAGAAGGAUGAAUUAAUGGUUUCGAACAGCGUUCUCAAGCUGGCUGCCGAUCUAUUAAAGGAGCUCGAAACGCCAUUCAAGAUCUCUGGCCUCAGUGCCAACCCAUAUCUAUUCACAACCAUCAAGGUAGUCAUAUUGUCGGCACUCUCGGGCGUUCUGAGUGAGGUCUUGGGCUUCAAGUUGAAAUUACACAAAAUCAAAAUAAAGUAAAGUAAAGACCGAGCUGGCAGGGAUGGCACAUGGAACAUACCCAUGGCAUGGCGCAGAUCGAUCAUAUUUUUGUAGUACAAUUUAUUUCGAGACGCUUUGAGAAAAUAUAAAAUUAAAUACAUGUCUCCAUCUAGAGUAGUUUAAUGAAUAAACUUAAGUAAGCCAAUG